AUGGCGAGGCGUCUUUCCCAGUCAAUCACGGACCCUCUUGUUUCAGUGUCGAACAAACGCAUGUCCCAAUCGUUCAUUAUGGAACCCUCAACUUCGGUUCUUGUCGACGAGCCAGAUAACGUCCAGGAAUGGGUGCAAGAUUGGCGAAAUGUUCUUGCAAAGGAUCUCAUUGAAGCGCGUAUUGUAGAGAUUGACGCGGACGCAACUGUCGAGGAUGCAUGCGAGUUAUUGCUCUCAGAAAAAAGCGAGUGUCUUGCGGUCAGAGCAUCCAAGGACGAGUUGAUCACGGGUCUCUUCGACUUUGCAGACGUGAACGCCUUUCUGACUCUCGCUGCCACACGGCCUGCUCUUUUACGUGACGAAGACAAUCCACGUGUGGAUGCGAUAGUCUCUGCUGCUCGUGCAGGUCGGGUCCCAGUUCAUCUGGUUAGCAAUUUGUCCGAGAAAAACCCUCUUGAAUCAGUCCCGUCAUCGGCGACUAUAAUUUCGUUGCUCCAAGUAUUUUCUCGCGGCGCGCACCGUGUGCUGGUCUGCUCUGACGAAUCCUCUUCUUCCUCGUUCCUCGGGAUUGUUUCUGACAAACGCCUCCUCACAUGGUUCUCUGAAUAUGAACCUGUAGCAAACUUCCUCGCGACUCCUUUAUCUAUGCUGCAACUCCCAUCAUUGCAUCUAUUUUCUAUGGUCGUAACAGCAACGAGCAACUCAACCGUACUGGACGCGAUGCGGCUCAUGAGCGAAGAAGGGGUCAGCAGCGUUGCGGUGCUUGACAUCGAAACAAGCGUGCUGCUCAGUGCUGUGAGCGUAACAGAUGUCGGUCGCAUCGUUGUGCCCUCCCAGAGCAAUCAGAUAUUGAGCACGCCGCUGCAACAAUUCGUCGCACUCAUCAAGGCACCCCAUGGCUCGACCGAUGGAGCUGACCGCUAUCCCGUUUACGCUGUCUCUCCCCAAUCUCUUCUUUCAUAUACUAUCCAGAAACUCUUGGCUACCAAUUCUCAUCGCCUCUUUAUUACCCGUGACACCAGCGGCUCAGCCUCCCCAAUAAUCACCUCCACGCGCCUUACAGGAAACCUGAGUGGAAUCGUAUCCAUCGUUGACAGUCCUCCUCUCUGUAUUCGCGCGAAUGGCCAAUCUAGACGUCGACCCCGCGCGGAUGCAACGUCAUCGGAGGACGUCGUCGGCCUCGUCCCAUUCGCAGCGGUCUGCCUCACGAUCUAGCAGUCGAAGCGGGGUUAGACUUGGUCUCAGAACAAAUAGCAUUGGCUCACAGUGA